GCUCAUCACACACCGUCAAGUGGAUAUAAUCAUUUCCCUGUGUGGGGCGAAGUAUCCAGCACAGCGAGCGAACAGGCAAGGUCGCUGGUUUGGGUACCGAUCCAAGCCGUCCAGCCAGAUCGAUCAGCAUCAACCGAUGUGAAGGUGUCCCGGUUCAAAUCAAGUUCGCUGUAACGAGCGCCAAUACCAAUCACGAAUACGUCAUUUGCACACAAUCCACACCGUCGGGCCAUUCACAUAUUUCGAGUAACCUGCUUCGGAUAAGCCGCCUCUCCUCUUCACCGCCAGCCCCGUUGGCCUCUGCGUCCCAUCGUUCUGUCGUGAUGAAGGUCCAGAUCGACGAGUUCGAGUUUGACUCGGACUUUGACUCCGGCAACCUCGAAAGUGUUGUUGAUCCGCUGGGCGGCGCUGGUCUCGAGGACUCGUCUGCGGCCCCUUUUCCGGCGACGAAGGGAACCCGGCGAUUUGUUCUGUUCACACGGCCCGAUGGCGCCGAGGAAGGCGCAACCCUGUCAUCUAGCGACAAGAACAGGACAUGGUUCCACUUUUCCGUUCGGCUCGCAUCUGGCCCAGAAGUCUGCAGCGAGAAUCGUUCGGAUGCGAGCGCUGGCCCCAAGAAAACAUUGUCCUCGCCAGCCAAGGGAGCAUCGGCCAGGCGAAUGCUUCCGAGUCGGGGUAGCGACUCUCUCACUCGCCUUACAAAGCCCGUCCAGUUGAUCUUUCCGAACCUGAACAAGGUCCAGAAGCUCUUUGUGGCAGGGAUGCGGCCAUUCUUCCGCCGGGACGGCGACGGAGGCUGGAAGCGGAUCUCACGGGCCCCGCUCUUCAAAGCAUUCGACUCGGGCAUGCGGCUCUGCUUCGAGUUUGACUUCUACGAGGCAAUGUCCUCGACAGAGCUGCAGCAGCUCCCGCGCAUUGAUAUCAAGUACUACUUUGCAUACGGGAUGCCGUACUCGUGUGCUGAUCUCCAUCUCCGACUGAACUGCCUCGAUGCAUUGUUCAAGGCCCACAACCCAAAGGCUGUCCCGAGCCUGCCCUCGAUCACUCAGACGGUGAGAAAGUCCAUCCAAGACACACACGCCUCGAUCGAUCGUCUUGGAAAGACUGCUGGCACAACCGCGGAGGUCGGCAGCCUCUACUGGCAUCGCGAUACUUUGGCCGAAUCGAUCGAAAAACUCCCGAUCGAGGUUCUGACAAUCACGUCCACUGAGGACAUGCUCGAGAUUGAAGAGGAUUGCCGCAUCCAAGGGCUCUUCCCUGACAGGGCUAUCCCAAGAGCCAAGCGAUUUCUGAUGGCAAACGAGCAGAAUCAGAGACCAUCACUCGACGGCGGCGACACCGGCGAUUCCUCAGGAUCCCACAGCACCAGUCCUGCCAGCGACAGCAACUCGAGCCGCACUUCGCGAUCCUCCCGCCGCGACAUUCCGGUUGGCAAUCGCAAGUCCCGGACUAAGCAAGGCGCCAAGGCCGCUGGGAAGCGGUUCGUGUUUGUGAGCGGACGGGUGCAUCCUGGUGAAGCGGUGGCCAGUUACAUGUUGGACGGGUUUCUCGGCUUUAUUAUCUCGGCCGAUCCUCGAGCCAAGCUCCUGAGGAGCAUGUUUGUUUUCAAGAUCGUCCCGAUGCUGAACCCGGACGGUGUGCGCCUGGGCUGCUAUCGUGGCGAUGGUCGUGCAGUUAACCUCAAUCGAGUCUACGACGACCCGGACCCAGUGCUGCAUCCGACCAUCCACGCAACGAAGCAGUAUAUCGGCUACCUGUCGAUGCUUGGGUCGAUCGCAUACUAUUUCGAUUUUCACGGCCAUGCCAACAAAUUCGGGUGCUUUCUGUUUGGCAACCGGCUCCCGUUGCUCGACGACCGCAUUCAAUCCUGGAUGUUUGCUCGGUGCAUGGAGCUCAACUGCCCGCAGUUUGACAUUCAAAAGUGCGAGUUUCUGCGCUACGAAGCCCCGGAUUCGGCCGGAAGCGCACGCUCUCUCCAAGAACGGAGCGACAAUAUGAACCGCGACCGAAGCGGCCGGGCGGUCAUGUUCCGCGAGUUUGGGAUCGUCCAUAGCUAUACGAUCGAGGCCAACUACCACUGCUGCCAGAAGCCGACAAGGGUGACUCCACGACGGAUGCGGGAUGCUGGCUUGUCAAGUCCACCGGUAUAUCCGAAAGCAAUAUUGGGCAAGGGAUGGUCUGUUGACGAGCUGGAAGGCAUGGGCAAGGCCGUAGCCAUCUCGAUCUUGGACACGGCAAGAGCAAACCCAUACACCCGCGUUUCUUGGCCAACGGCACAGACCUGGGCGAGGGAACAAGCCAUGGCAAUGUCCAAAGAGCCAAGUUCGGGAGGCUCCAGUUCGUCGUCGCUCGUGUCGAUCAGCUCCAUCGGGUCCGAGGCGCCAUCGCCGCGGGAGCGCCCUGACGGAGAUUCACUGCGGAUCAGCGUUCGACUAAAGUCCAUCAAUCUGAAUGACCAGUACUCGAAGCGGCCUGCAGACCCCUCCCGAGCAGUACCAGCGCUGCAACGAUGAAUGUGCGCGAGUCGGGAUCAAGAGCGCAUGCAGAAGUACAUGUUAGUGGCAGCAGCCGCAGAUGAGGGUAACAUCUCCAGCGUGGAGUACGGCAGGUUGUCGCCAGCAAGUAUGUGC